AUGUCGUACACCCAGGAACGCUUCAUCGCCGAGCUCGCUGUCCAGCGGGCCACCCUCCUGACCCAGAAGGUUUUCAACGAGAAGGCCAAGGGCACCGUAUCCAAGGAUGACAAGUCGCCCGUGACCAUUGGCGAUUUCGGCGCCCAGGCCUUGAUCAUUCAGGCCAUCCGCAAGAACUUCCCCAACGAUGAGAUCGUCGCCGAAGAAGAGGCCAGCUCCCUCCGUGAGGAUAAAGCGUUGAGCGCCGAGAUCUGGAGACUGGUCAAGGACAUCAAGCUCGAGGACGCCGAGAGCGACAACCUCCUGGGUGGCGCCCUGCCGAGCGAAGACGCAAUGCUGGACAUUAUUGAUCAGGGCAAGAGUGCUGGUGGUCCCAAGGGUCGCAUCUGGGCCCUCGACCCCAUCGACGGCACCAAGGGCUUCCUCCGCGGUGGUCAAUAUGCCGUCUGUCUCGGCCUGAUUGAGGACGGCGACGUCAAGGUCGGCGCCAUUGGCUGCCCUAACCUCCCCGUCGAUGACUCCGCCACCAUGACCGCGUCCAUUGGCGCCGACCAGACCAGCGGUGCCGGCAACGGUGUCCUCUUCUCCGCCAUCAAGGGCGCCGGAUCCCAGAGCCGUCCCCUGACCAACGCUGCGCUCGCCGAAAGCAAGCCCAUCUCCAUGCGUCCUGUCCCCGAUAUCUCCCAGGCCGUCUUCUGCGAGGGUGUCGAGGCUGGCCACUCGGCUCAGGGCGACAACGCCGCCGUCGCCCAGCUCCUCGGCAUCUCCUCCCCCAGUGUGCGUCUCGAUUCGCAGGCCAAGUACUGCUCGAUCGCCCGCGGCGCGGGUGACAUCUACCUGCGUCUGCCGGUCAAGAAGGACUACCAGGAAAAGAUCUGGGACCAUGCGGCCGGCGAUCUGAUUGUGCGCGAGGCGGGUGGUCAGGUCACGGAUAUCUACGGCAACGGAUUGGACUUCAGCAAGGGCAGGACUCUGGCUGCCAACAAGGGCGUUGUCGCCGCUCCCAAGGCCAUUCAGGACCAGGUCAUUGGCGCCGUCAAGACCGUCCUGAAGCUAAGAUACAAAAAGAAGAAACCCAGCCGCGUCGCCCAUUUACCGGAUCUUCUUGGCCUUGAGUCUGAUGGUCUCCCCGUUGAUGAAGAUACCCUUGCCCUUGUAUGGCUCGGGCUUGCGCCAUUCCCGGAUCUCCGCCGCAAACUUCGUCACCACAUUCUUAUCCACGCCUUCCAGCAAGAUACGCGUCGGCUGCGGGGUGCUGGCCUUGACGCCCUGGGGCACGCCCAGCUCGAUCGGGUGCGAGUAUCCGACCUUCAGGGAAACAAACUGCUGGCCAGGGUAUUCGGGCUCGACCGUGGUCGCCGUGGGCUCGACCGUAGCUCUGUAACCGACACCGACGAGACUCAAAAUGCAGAUGUGGCCUUCCGAAACGCCCAACACGUAGUUCUGUAG